AUGCUGUCUAAACGAGGGUAUAAUCCAGUUCAAGCGGAAACAAAAAAAAAGAAGAAGAGGGAACAAACCAAGCUCCGCGAAGAACGAGCCAAGCGCUAUGAAGACAAGCUAUCGCAUAAAAAUGUAGGACAAAUAGAGCGCCAAAUAUCGGAAUUGGCUGCGUUGGAAGGAUCGCAAGGCCUUAAUGCUCAUGAUAAACAAAUCUUGCAGAACUUAGAAAAGGACUUAGCUGUCAUACGAAAGAAGAAUAUUCACGGUCAUUCGGUAGGUAGAAUUGAGUCUGAAAAAACAAAGGAAGAAGAACGAAGAACUAAACCGAAACGUCCGUUCAUGCCUAAAAAUCCUAAGAAAAGUAUUUAUUAUGAUGCAGUGUUUAAUCCAUUCGGCGUACCUCCUCCGGGAAUGUCAUAUCGCGAAAAGGAAGAAGAAAGUUCAGAGACUGAUGAGUCCGUAAUUGAUAUACCAAUGCCUGAAGGAGAAUAUCCUUUUGAGGAAAAGAAGAAAAAGGAUAACAGAAAAGCUCGAAAUGUAGGAAGACGGCGAGAUGAAACCACAUCGAACCGGGUUGCCCCAGAUAUUAAAACAUCAGAUGCCGCAGAAGCACUAAAACCCCAGAAAACUGAUGCUUCGAAAGAGGAUGUAGUUACAGAGUAUUCUGCUCAACCGAUCGUCCGAGAUUUGCGAAAGGAAGCUACUCAGUUUCUCCCUGCAACUGUGCGCAAUCAGAAGCGCAAGUCUAGAGAAGAUGAUUCACCAGUCGCUCAAGACCAUGCUGAAAAGAAACAAAAUCAAGACCCAGAAGACGAAUUAAGUAAGUUUUAUCAAGAACUCAAUGGAGCAUAA